UAUUACUUCAUCUUGUUUUCCAAUAUGGCGCCGUCUGUGCUAUGAGAUGACAACAUCGUAGUUUGUGUCGGAUUUGUCAUAAUCAAAAUUUGUUUUAGUCGGUAUUAAUUUAUCUACCUCAUAUGUUCAAAGAAAAUCGGUAAUUCUAACGAUAGUUACAUAAUCGUGCCACGCUUGUUAAAGAAUCAUCCAGUCGAUGCGUCCUUCUGUGAGAAAAGUACUUAGCUGCCGUAAAAAUGGCGGGUGUAUCUUUACUGAUUGUGUUUUCAUAUCAUUCGGAGAAAGUAAAAGAAUAGGCUAAAAGUGAUUGUAGUCUCGUAUUGAGUGUCAGUUAUAUUACGUAUAGUAGGACGGCAUGUUUUGUAUCUUGCUGUUUUGACAUUUGAAGAGGUGAUUGAUUCGGGAGAAACGGUGCAGGUGUCAUCGUUAUUAAUGAAAUUAUCACUAUGUCGCGCUGGGGCAGAGGCCGAGGCGGCAGUGUGGCCGUGCCGCUUGAUAGUGCCCUGUUUAGAGAAAAUAGUAAUUGCCCGACGGCCGCUCGCUCAGCGGGCACGGUCGGGAAGUGGGGAAUCACCAGCUUUACGUCGAUUAGAAGCGCUCCUUACGCCUACACCAGUAAUGUUCUUAAAAAGCCAGUCCAAGAUCAGAACAGUCCGCUGACAGUGCCUGCGGUGGAAACAGAUCAACCCCCACCUAAACCUAAGAAAUUUUUCAAAUCGCGCAAUGCAGAGCCUUUCCCACCUGUUCCUCAAAUUACAUAUGCACCACCAGUACCUGCCGCUCCAUUAUCCCCGGAGCACCCUUCGAAUAGCAAAGAAAAGAAAGCUACCAAAAGAAGUAGAGUGUACAACAGGGACUCUUCAUCACCAGAAUUGCCUCGACGGAACUCUGAAAAGGCUAAAGCUAGAAAAAGUUCUGUGGCUACAAAGGCUGCCAAGAAAGCAGAACCACAGCCUGAAAACGCUCAACCUAGGAGUACACGGUACUUGGUUCGCAAUCGUGAUAAAGUAAUUAACUAUGCUGAAGAUGGCAGCAACAGUCCCAUUCCUGAGUUUUCACGAUAUGAAUCAUUAGCUCCGAGAGUAUCAUCACCAAAAACAAGCCCGUUGGUCUCAAGCCCUGUGCCCCCUAAAGUGGAAGUGGCCAGUCCCUCAACUAGUAAAGAGGUGGUGAGCCCCUCUACGAGCAAAGAUGGUAAUGAAGAAAGAAAACCACCUCCUAUUGUACUAAGAAUAUCAAAGGGUACAUCGAGGAUAGUCAGUACUGAUUCUAAUGAAGGUUUCACAUCACCUGGUUCUGACAGGCAUUCAUCUAUGGACAUGCAUUCAGAUCUUGGUAUAGAUCACAAAAAGAGCCCAUCCAUGGAAACAAUAUGUUCACCAAAACAUGAGGGUCUUAAAAUCACUAUCAAAUGUAGUGGUCUCAGCCAAGAAAGCAAAAAAGAAAAGAAAAAGGAUAAAAAAGAACACAAGUCACAUAAGAAACAUCACAAAGCCAGUAUAGAUGAAGAUGCCAAAAAAGCUACAUCGCCAUUGCCUGGUUCUGACACAUAUGAUCUUUACAAGACCCUUGCCUCCCCAGGUAAUGAUAGUGACAAGGACAGAAAUAAAGCUCCAAGUGGGGAAGAUGAUAUUGAGUCUCAAUUAGCAAAGCUCGAUUCCACUGGGUUGUCACAUAAAUCUCCUAGGAUAGACGUGUUACCAACAGAGCCACCACCAGAACCUAAGCCCCCAGAGGGUGGUAGGGCCCGUCGAGCUAGACAAGUCAUUAACUACAAUGAGAAUGAUGAUUAUUUGGAUAAAUUGACUUCUGGCCAUUCAAGCAAGCAAACCGUUAAAACAGUCAGUGACCUUAAAAAAGAAAGUAGAAGAGGGAGAAAGAAACAUGAGGCUGCUGUGCUAGAGGCUGCUGCAGCGGAGAAUGAAAGCAAAGCAGAAUCUCAUAUAGAGAAGAAUGAUUUGAUUGAUAUAUUGUCAGGCUCAAAUGUAGAUGAGGGGAAAACAGAAGUCAAGCACAAAAAGCAAAAAGCUAAAGCAUCACAAAACAAGCACGCUAGCCCUGAUUAUGGAGCUGAGCUGUCUCAGGAGCCCACGCAUGAACAAGAAGAAAACCAGCAUGAGCCUUUAGAAGAUGAACAAAUGGAAGCUGCACCUGAAUCAAAUAUAAAUGAUGCAGGUAGUCACUCACAACCUCCCACUCAAGCUACAGAUUCUGAUUAUAAUAGUUGUCCAACUGAAUUCUCUGAGGAUGAUUCUCAAAAGAAUCAACAGGAGGAUGUAUUUAAAUCACCGCAUGGCAUUGAUGAUGACCAUGUCGAAGACAAACCUAGUGUGAAAUUAGUUAUAACCAAAAAGAAGGGUUCUAUAUUCAAGAGCAAAUCACUUGUUAAUGAUAAUCCAUCUCCACUACCAGCAAGGAAGAGACGCCAUUUAUAUAAACAUGAAUGGGCCAAUGAUAAAGGAAAUGAAACUCCCCGGCCUGAGCAGCCCGAGAACACGGAAGUAAGGAAUCCAGCUAGCCAGGUGCCUGAAGAGCUCACGAAGGUCACAAGGUAUAGGGCACCUGAUCCCAUCAUGGAUGACCCAACAUCCAUUGAAGCUGUCAAGCCCUAUACUAGUGUUAGGUGUGCUAAAGAAGCUAAGGAGUAUUACACAGUAGUGAGAAAUGUAAAGAAAGCACAUCAAAUACAGGAGAUUGGAGAGUACCAAGAAUUUAAUGAUGAUGUAGAUUACCUUCUAGACGCAUUACAGGACAACAACCCGAUCUCGACGCGCUGCCUGUCCGCCAUCACGCUGGCCAGCAAGUGCACGGCGCCCGCGUUCCGCAUGCACCUGCGCGCGCACGGCACCGUGCAGAAGUUCUUCAGCGCGCUGCACGACGCUACCAAUGACCAGAGCUUGGGCCUGUGUACGGCGACGGUCAUGUUCGUGCUGUCCCAAGACCGACUCAACAUGGAUCUGGACCGGGAGUCUCUGGAGCUCAUGUUAAAUUUGCUCGAAUCUGAUGUAUCGCACAAAAAUGCGCUUGAUGACUGCGGGCUCACGUCUGCCCAGCUGGCAAAGACGCAAGAGCGGGUGCGGGAGCUGUGCGCGGAAAUCAAGAGCCAAGGGAAAGCCAAGCAUUUAGAUUUGGAUAACAUUACCGUGGGUCACUUAGCCAUGGAGACGCUACUAUCGCUAACUUCGAAGCGCGCCGGCGAGUGGUUUAAGGAGGAGCUCCGCGUGCUGGGCGGCGUGGACCACAUCGUGCGCACCAUCCAGGACUGCGCAGCGCGGCUGGAGGCGCCCGCGGCCGGCUGGGGCCCGGCCGACGUGGACGUGCUGAGGAAGGCCGACCGCUGUCUGCGCGUGCUGGAGAACGUGAGUAUAUACAAGGAGGAGCUCCGCGUGCUGGGCGGUGUGGACCACAUCGUGCGCACCAUCCAGGACUGCGCAGCGCGGCUGGAGGCGCCCGCGGCCGGCUGGGGCCCGGCCGACGUGGACGUGCUGAGGAAGGCCGACCGCUGUCUGCGCGUGCUGGAGAACGUGAGUAUAUACAAGGAGGAGCUCCGCGUGCUGGGCGGUGUGGACCACAUCGUGCGCACCAUCCAGGACUGCGCAGCGCGGCUGGAGGCGCCCGCGGCCGGCUGGGGCCCGGCCGACGUGGACGUGCUGAGGAAGGCCGACCGCUGUCUGCGCGUGCUGGAGAACGUGAGUAUAUACAAGGAGGAGCUCCGCGUGCUGGGCGGUGUGGACCACAUCGUGCGCACCAUCCAGGACUGCGCAGCGCGGCUGGAGGCGCCCGCGGCCGGCUGGGGCCCGGCCGACGUGGACGUGCUGAGGAAGGCCGACCGCUGUCUGCGCGUGCUGGAGAACGUGAGUAUAUACAAGGAGGAGCUCCGCGUGCUGGGCGGUGUGGACCACAUCGUGCGCACCAUCCAGGACUGCGCAGCGCGGCUGGAGGCGCCCGCGGCCGGCUGGGGCCCGGCCGACGUGGACGUGCUGAGGAAGGCCGACCGCUGUCUGCGCGUGCUGGAGAACGUGAGUAUAUACAAGGAGGAGCUCCGCGUGCUGGGCGGUGUGGACCACAUCGUGCGCACCAUCCAGGACUGCGCAGCGCGGCUGGAGGCGCCCGCGGCCGGCUGGGGCCCGGCCGACGUGGACGUGCUGAGGAAGGCCGACCGCUGUCUGCGCGUGCUGGAGAACGUGAGUAUAUACAAGGAGGAGCUCCGCGUGCUGGGCGGUGUGGACCACAUCGUGCGCACCAUCCAGGACUGCGCAGCGCGGCUGGAGGCGCCCGCGGCCGGCUGGGGCCCGGCCGACGUGGACGUGCUGAGGAAGGCCGACCGCUGUCUGCGCGUGCUGGAGAACGAGAGUAUAUACAAGGAGGAGCUCCGCGUGCUGGGCGGUGUGGACCACAUCGUGCGCACCAUCCAGGACUGCGCAGCGCGGCUGGAGGCGCCCGCGGCCGGCUGGGGCCCGGCCGACGUGGACGUGCUGAGGAAGGCCGACCGCUGUCUGCGCGUGCUGGAGAACGUGACGCAGCAGAACGAGGACAACCAGCUGUAUCUGGUGGGCGAGUCCCUGGGCGCGGCGCGUACGUUCUGCGCGCUGUUCCGGCGCUGCGCGGGCGAGGCGCGCGCCGCCGCCGGCCGCCUGCAGCUCGCGCUGCUCGACGCCGCGCUGCCCGCCGUCAAAGUGCUCGUCAACCUGUCGCACUCCUUCUCCCCCAGCAACGUGUCUCCGGGCGCGCGCGUUGUAGGCGAGCAGCCGGGCGUGAUGGAGAUGUGCCUCAUCGUCCUUAACAACCAAGAGAACUUCAUACCAGAUAGCAAAAACUUCGAGUUCAGUGUUUGUGUGUUACUGCUGCUCAUAAACCUGGUCCAGAACAACGAGGAGAACGCGAACCGGUUACUCAACGUGCGCAUCCGCGUCGAUAAUGACGAGGACAUCAUCUCGCGCACCGUCUCCGCCCUGGACCUGAUCGUGGACCUCUUCUACAAGCGGGUCGACCUGGCCAGGAGAGCCGAAGAAAACACAGAUGCUUUGCUUGAUGGCGAAAAGGAAUCUGAUGGUGAAACUGACAAGAAAAAACAACAAGAUGACAUCGACGAAACUGUUGCGAAACUGCUGGCUCGCGCGGGCACGCACAUGGAGCACACGAUGGUGGGCGCGUACACGGCGCUGCUGCUGGGCCACACGGCCGUGCUGAGCGCCGCGCACGCCGCCGCCGUGCGCCAGCGCGUGCCCAGCUACGCCGCUCUCCUGCCCACGCUCAAGAAGUACUACAACUUCCUGUCGCUAACCGCCAGUGGCGAGGCGAUGAUAGUGGCGCACGUGAAGGCGACGCAUGUGAUCAUCAAGUUCAUGGAGCGCAGCGACGCGGAGGCGGCGGAGGAGGAGCCGUACCCGGCGGCCGGCGCCGCGCCCCAGCCCGCGUACGCCGCGCACUGCUACGGCAGCUCGCCCUCCGACGUGCCGCAGGACAUGUCGCUCAGCGGCCUCAACUACUGCCGGCCCCAGCCCGACCGCAUGUCCUCGUGAACGUGCCGACACACCUGUUCUACUUCCGGUGACGUCGCGAGGGUCGGCCCUUCCGUUCUGUCGGUCCCGGUGAACGAUGUUAAAUCGUAAAUGUGCCCGCCCGAGAACGCUGGUGCGUACGGCGUGCGGUUAUAGUGUGAAGCGUUGUAAAAAAAGUUGAGUUUUAUUAGUUUACAUGACGGUUGUAGGGUGGAAAUAGAAUUAGUAUGUUCCUUUAAACGGCACCAUAUUUUAUUCGUUACUUAAUCGACGUGUAAAUCGGUCGCGUCUAAUGGAUUUAAAGGCACUUUGACGAAUGAUAAGGAUCUCGGCUAGUUAAAUUUCCACCAUAUUAGAUUUUAUUAUAGUAGGAUAGCUAAAAUGUAAACCGCGUUGUUCCCCCGACGUCUGUGUCGCCUGCGAAAUAAUGAUGUUCCAGUCGUCGGUUCCGAUUUGAAUGUUUCCUACUUAUUGACGAUGUUAGUUCGUGCGAUCGUUCUGUGUAAAUUGAUACGUUAACGCCUGUAUAUUGUCAACCACUAUUACUAGAGUAUGCCAUUUGUAAUGUAACGAUAGGUGGAUUGCACACGGCUAUUAUACCUCAACUUUUUGUAUCGAUAUAUUUCCCUUCUCUGAAACGUGUAAAUAUUCGCAGACCAUUAAGGUAUAGUUAGUUUACGUCUAUCAGGUAUGGGUUAUGGAGUCUUAAUUAAAUUGAGAUAUUCCGAGUUUAAGCCACCGAACUGGCAAUAUAAAAGUGCAAAAAUAGUACAGUAAGUGUAUAUUGAUAUCGUAAUCCUCUCUGUGAAUAUCGUGUCCGCACUUUUUGUAUAAUACUCCGAGAGAGUUACAAAUUUAUAAAUUGUUCUACCGAGGCACAAUCCUUAUUGUAAAUAGUUUCGACUGGUUCCAAUGAGCGUAGGCGCGAUGAUUAGAAAUGAAACUGAUGAGAUAGCUCACCCCGCCUGGGCCGAGUCGUUCGUCGUGCUGAAGCGUGCCGUGUCCGGUGCCGGAGUCCACGACGAGCGGCUGCGUCCGGCGCGGCGAGGAUCAAACAAUGUACAAACACUUGUCGUUAUUGCCCCCGAAUGAGAGAACUAUUAUUUGUUUAGAGGUAUUUACGAGUAGGACGAUCUAUGAUGUUGGACUUUAUUGACUAGCGGGUAGGCUAAGAAGGUGAACGCAUGAUAUUAAUCUUUCUCCAUUUUUGUGUUUUUAUACUUUUUAAAGACUUCUUUUUACGAUUGACUGAUUGUACAUUAGAGCGGAAAUUGAUUUUUCCAAAUUUGAUGUUUAGAUUAAUAUUUUUAUAAAAUAUCAAAUUGCUAAGGCGCACCGAUUACUUAAUUUUUUCAUCUUUAUUUGUACUACGGGAGCACAUUUUAUGGGAUAAAUCGUAAAUCUUGAAUUUGAAGUAACGAAUAUCUAAUUAAAUUUGUAACAUAUUUUUACUUUUUAAAAGAUGUGAUCGGCCUUAUUUUUUGAGAUUCUCCAAAUUUCAUUAACAGACGGGGUAUGAAAUGAAUUUUGUUAUGUAUACAUUUAUUACACAUUUAGAGAUUGGGUUGGUGCCAAUGUACGUUUGUCUAGUUCUUGCCUGAUCUCGAGCAGUGGCCAGACCGGUCACGCCCCGUAUGCGACAGUCGGGCGACAAUGUACACCCAGCUGCAAAAUAGCAUGCCCACUUUAUGAGUGAAUUCAUUCAAGACGUGUCCAUGCAAUUUUUCAGCUCGUCCUGCGUCGCUGCCGUAUCUCCAUUGCUUUGUACAUCUGAAACUGACGCGGGCUGCAACCGCUCUUGUCAUUGGCCGCCUGUUAUUGAUCGACAGUGGUUGUCUGCCUGAGACUGCAGAAUAUGGUUUUGAAUUUUCGUACAAAGUCCACGUUUCACAAUAGUGUCAAUAACCAACAACUUUCAGGCAGACAAUCACCAAAAGAACGCGACUCACGUGCAUUACCGUCAGCGAUCUGACAGCUUUAUUUCAUGUGUAAGGUGUUCGAAUCAUUUACUAUGUGACGCGGAACCCGCAGCGGCGGGAUCACUCCUCUUGGUAACGUUUUAUUUAACAAUUGGAGACUUGUUUGUUGUACAGAUGCCUAAAUUAUAUUUACGUAAUUUAUUGACCACGUGUAUGUAUUGUCUAAGAGUAGCUUUUAACGUGCAUUUCGUUAUGAAAUAUCACCUUUAUCACACUUGGGUUUUGAAUAUAGUAUGUUGUUUUAGAGUACCACGAGAGUUUGAUAUCUUGAGAAAUUAUUAUUGUAUAUGUAAUGUGUAAUUAUGUUAUAAAGUAUUACGUGUAAUUAUUAAAACAAGGACAAUUUAAAUAA